AUGGCCUUUUACCCCCUUGGUCCCUGUUUUCUUGACCUGUCCUCGACUUGUCAACUUUGGGGUCCCCGUCCCCGUGCCUGUUCCAAUCCCAAUCCCCGUCUCAUCCUCGUCCGAGUCUUGAGUAUUGAGAGUCUGAGCCUGAGCCUGAGCCUGGAGCGCUCGCUUCUCUUCCCAACCUUCUUCACCCCGUCCAUUCUUCUUCUUCUUCUAUUUCUCCUUCCCCGAUACCCCCCUCUCCUCCUUUUACCGGAUUCUCAAAACCCCCCCGCGCCUGGCCUUUUCUCCUCCCGACGUCGCAGACCAACCGACCUGGUCGACCCCAUUGUCUUUUGUCAAUCAGUCAAUCCGUGCCGACAACCUUUCCUAGGCACCACUAAUUUUGGGCACACAAUCGGCCGCUGCGCAUUCCACAGCUCCAGCUCCUCCCCGUCGCUGUCCGUCUCAAAUCAAAGAGCGGCCAGCCAGCCAGCAAAAAAGCAGCAAAAGCAGCAGCAAGCAGCUCUGUCUCUUUUCUUAUUCCUACAACAUUUCGGAUUGUUCCGUCCCGCCGCCAUCUCUCACCUAGUCAGCCAGACCAAGCCGCUUUCCGUCUACCCACGCUCCGACUUUUCACGGCCCAGCAGCAAUCAGCUACGUGCACCCACAACCCGCCAGGCUAAUUCCUCCCCCAGCCCGCUCUCGGCCAUUCUCGUAAAGCUCAAAGCGCAAGCUCGAAGCGUCAAUUGCUGCGACUCCGCGCUUCGCAAGAAAGGGCAAGAAAAACAAGGGCAAAGAGUCUCCUCUCGCUUCGGCCUUGGCGACCCCAAUCCUCUGACACAGAAAGAGUUGCAGUCGCGCACCUCCUCGUCAAAAGUCAGACCGUUUGACGACAUCGCCAAUUCGCCCUCUUACCAAUUUACCAACGACUCGUUGCAUCUCGAUCAAUUCUGCACGGGUUUUUCAUUCUCCGAACUUGCAUAUCGGCAAUCGUCAAGCCAAGCGUGUCGGGUGCAGCAGCAGCAACCCAACCCGACCCGUCUCCUUUUUUCUCGCUUCAUUCCUCCCAACCUACCAACAGCAACUAUGAGCACAGCGAUCGCAAUGGCUCCCUCUCCGGCCCCUCACGACAGACCGUCGUUCCCUUCCGACCUCGCUCCCGCGUCUUCCGCACAGCACGGCGCUUCUUCGCCUGCACAACAAAGACCUCUUGCACCAACUGGAACUCCCAAUGCGACGGCGCAUCGGUCAGGCAGCGGCAGCCCUAGGGGUGCCGCCCAAGCUCCCAAGUCAUCUCCUCCCAGCGCCGCGAGACAUGCCAGCGGUGCACCAAAGAUCGUCGUGAAAAAAGAACCCAACUCCCCCGACUUGCCGACGACCCGUCACAGGCCACGCAAACUCGACCUGUCCAACAAGGGGGCACACCCGGGCUCCAACACUCCCGGCACUGCUAGGCCCAUGACUGCUAGGGACAACUUGGGCAUCCAGGAGGUCGGCCUUGCCUGCCUCUCGCCCGGGUUCGUUACCCAGGACCCCAUCAUGAAGGAACAGCUCCAGCGCAGCAUGAGCGUGAGGGACCAGCAACGCAUGAUCAUCGAGCAGAGAAUGCAGCAGCAAUCCGCAAAGGGCGAUGGCCCUGACACCUCUGGAAAGGACCCUGUUUCUCAGUUCGCAGCAAAGACCCCCGGCCUGUCUCGCAGGAACAAGGCCCAGCUCUCCAUCCUGCCGCCCUCCGCCGAGUCUUUUGCCAACGAGCGUGUCAUCCAGUCGGCCCCCUUGGGACACUCCUUCACUGGCCGCCAGCAUCCUGCACCGCUGUCUCGUCACAUUACAAACCAGCCAAACACUCUCUCCAACACUUCUCACAUCCACCACGUCCCUGCCAACCAGACAAACAACCGUCUCCCGCCCAUCAGCGAUGUCUUUGGACAGGUUUCUGGCCACCCCGACAAUGCUCCCACCUCUUUGUACCCCCAGACCAGCCGUCCCCCCAUGGCAUCACCUAGCCACCCCCCUCAGAUGCAGCAUGGCCCCCCUACUUCCGGACGUGCCAGAGAGUACAAGUCAGCGGAAGAGGCACAGCACGAGAUUGCCGGUGGUCGCCCCGAGCUGCUCCCUAAGAUCGUACACUACGGAAACGCUCACCAGCCUCCUACGCCUCCGUCUCCUGCCCCGGGAAGCAGAGCCGCUGAUCCCAGCCGCAGCGCAAGCAGGCGCCGCACCCGUGCCGAGUACGAGGACGGCAGCCCACCAUUGGGCCAUGGCCCUCCCCCCCAGCGAAGAGGACCAUUCGGCGCCGGUCGGGACAGCCCCGAGAGCCAAAGGCAAAAGCGCGAGGAGUUCAUGCAGCUCUGCGCCAGAGCCUGGGACCUUUUCCACUCUUAG